CAUACAUGCAGGUACUCUUACAUACACAUACUGUGUCAUACAUGCAUGUACUCUUACAUACACAUACUGUGUCAUACAUGCAUGUACUCUUACAUACACACACUGUGUCAUACAUGCAGGUACCCUUUCAUACACAUGCUGUCAUACGUGCAGGUACCCUUUCAUACAUACACUGUCAUACAUGCAGGUACUCUUACAUACACAUACUGUGUCAUACAUGCAUGUACUCUUACAUACACACGCUGUCAUACAUGCAGGUACCCUUUUAUACACACUAUCAUACAUGCAUGUACUCUUACAUACACAUACUGUGUCAUACAUGCAGGUACCCUUUCAUACACAUGCUGUCAUACGUGCAGGUACCCUUUUAUACACACACUGUGUCAUACAUGCAUGUACUCUUACAUACACAUACUGUGUCAUACAUGCAGGUACUCUUACACACGCUGUCAUACAUGCAGGUACCCUUUUAUACACACACUAUCAUACGUGCAUGUACUCUUACAUACACACACUGUGUCAUACAUGCAUGUACUCUUACAUACACAUACUGUGUCAUACAUGCAGGUACUCUUACACACGCUGUCAUACAUGCAGGUACCCUUUUAUACACACACUAUCAUACGUGCAUGUACUCUUACAUACACACACUGUGUCAUACAUGCAUGUACUCUUACAUACACACGCUGUCAUACAUGCAGGUACCCUUUCAUACACAUGCUGUCAUACGUGCAGGUACCCUUUUAUACACACACUAUCAUACGUGCAUGUACUCUUACAUACACACACUUUGUCAUACAUGCAGGUACUCAUACAUACACAUACUGUGUCAUACAUGCAGGCACUUUUUUAAACCAAUAACAAUACAUGUAGAUUCCUCCCUCACCUCAUGGCUCCUCCCCCUCGCAGCAGCAUGGCUGGGCUCCAGACUGAUCACACAGGCAGCAGUCCUUCUAGCAGAGCUGCCUCAUUGGAGGAGAGGCUGUCAGUGCUAUUGACUGACAGGUUUUAGACCAAUCAGCACUCCUGGUCAGAGUAAGGCUGUUUCCACAUGAACUAAUUUACAUAAAAUUGCGGCAAAACGCCUCGUUUUUUUGGGCCGCAAUUUAAUGAAAAUCAGAUCAUGUGGAAACAGCCUUAGGGUCCAUUCACACAUCCGUAUGUGUUUUGCGGAUCCGCAAAACACGGACACCGGCAAUGUGCAUUCCGCAUUUUGCUGACCGCACAUCGCCGGCACUAUAAUAGAAAAGGCCUAAUCUUGUCCUCCAUUGCGGACAAGAAAAGGAAAUUUAAAAAAAAAAAUUCGGGAACGGAAUUGCGGAUCCGGAAGUGCUGAUCCACAGAUCCGGAAGUGCGGUGCGGAUCCGGAAGUGCUGGCCCCACAGAAAUGAAUGGGUCCGCUGUUCCGUUCUGCAAAAUGCGGAACAGAAUUGCAGACGUGUGAAUGGAGCCUUACUCUGACCAGGAGUGCUGAUUGCACAAAACUUGUCAGUUCCCAUGAAUCAGCGCUGGUGUGGAGCCCUCCUUCUCAUUUAGGAUGAAUCACAGGCAGCAUGCAUCCGACUGUGUACAGGGGGCGAAGCUUAUCGCAGACGGCUUCUAAGCAAGGAAGCUCACUUGUUGGAUCAGGGGCCCACCGAGGAUUUCCCCGGUGGGCCAGUCCGAGCCUGCUAAGAUCUCUUGGUAUGCAGCUGAAAAGGAAGGACAUUUGGGUGGAGCAUUAUGGGUAGAGCUCUCUCUUCCAGUUCUUCUUAGCCAAUCGGAAUGGUUAAUAAACAACACCACUGCUGACUGCCUAGGUGUGUGUAUUUGGCAGACAACUUUUCAUUCUGCUCCUCCCAUAUAUCCUUUUCAGCUGGAUGCCAGGCAUAUUUACAACCCUACAAAAUUGAUGGGCCCUAUUGACCCUUCAUAUCUUCGUACUGUAUCCCAAAAAUAUGGCAUUGUCCAAAUAUUUUAAUUGGCAUGUUUAUUUUAAAGCAUUUUUUUUUUAUUUUGAAAACUUUUUUUUUUUUUUAAAGCAGGGGAUUACUGUUAUCUGAUUUUUAUAUGCAGCCCUAGAAAUUUACUUGUUGUGUACGGGUCCUGGUAUAUUUUUAGUACUGGAAUAAUUUGUGAACUAGUCAUCUCUCUCUCUGUACUUUUAUCUAAGAAUUUACUGUCAUUCUCCUAGACAGACCACUUGUACAGCGCAACGUUUCUUUAUAUCUGUCUUGAAAUACUACAGAUUGCGCUUGUUUUGUGGAUUUCCUUUAUUAUAUCUGGGUAAUUUCAUCUUGGUGACCCGGUAAUUAUCCCACCUAUUUCUACAGUGUGAACUCCCUAAAAUAUAUCCUAUAUGUAUUUAUAUAUGAUGUAGCUGGUAGUACGGCACCAGAGCAGUUUAAAUCCGCCUGUAUUUUUUAUUCCUUAUUGUAUAUAGUAAAAUGUCAGAUUUUUCAUGGCGUUGACUAUAGUUAUAUAUCCCUGUUGGGUUGGAUAGAUAUUUAUUAUACAUAUGUUACAUAUUUUACACCAAUUUAUAAUAUAACUCUGUAAAAUAUACUGUCGGGAUAGAGCCAUGCAGUAAGAGGACCCUGCACACUUUUAUCAUUCACUUUUUUUCAUGUGAGCUUGUUUCCAUUUUAUAUGAACAAUAUCCACCUUGCCUUUUCAAUUUUGGGAAGUAGUUAGAAAAAUAUGUUCCCCUUCUUUAGGACACCUGUCCUUAAGAAAAUCGGUCACCAUGACAGUUUACUUUUAGGUCAAGGCAUCUGUCAAUGCCCUAUCGAAGCCGAACCAAUAGGUCCUACUGUACCCACGUAAUGGUCUCCAAAAAGGCCUAGACCAACCCCUGAAUCCAUCUUUUUACAUUAUCCUGUGGCACAUCUGUAGGUGUCAAGGACAGGUCUAUCUAGUUAGUGAACUAGGUUUCUAUAUUAAUGAGCAGCCAUCCCAGUUUAGAAGGCAAAUGGUUCCACUUCAAAUGUUUAUACAACAAUGUCCUGUCUAACUACAUGGACAGGCUUUUUUUUUCUGGGUUUUUGAUGGAUAGGCCAUGACUAUCAGAUCAGUGAGGUUCCCACAAGUGCCACAUCCCCUUUAUUGAGUAGCAUAUAUUUCCCGGUGGUUGUGCCUGGUAAUGAAGUACCAUGAAUGGCCACUUCCAAAUGUAUGGAGCUGUGCCUGGGAAACAUCUCCAGUGAGCACCCCGCCGAUCGGUGAAGAUGCUAGGAGUCGGAGCCCCACUGAUCUGAUAUUGAAGACCAAUCCCAAGGAUGAGCCAUUAAUAUCUAAGCCCCGCAGAACCUCUAUAAAUAUAAAUCCAGUCUAGUUCCUGGGAUACAUAAAGCCAAUGCCAGUACAGUCAGAGCAGACAUUCUGAAAUGGUUAUUUCUAUAUAGCUACAUUACCAUUUGCUGCCUUUUAGAGAUUUUCUAGUAAUUUAAGGGGUUAUCCAGGUAAAAAUAAUAAUAAUGACCUAUCCUCAGCGUAGACCAUCAUCAUCAUCGCAUCAGGCGGGGUCCAAGUCCUGGCGCCCCUCUUCCCUUCCCCCCUCAAAGGAUAGCUCAUCAAUAUAAAUUACUGGAUAACCCCUUUAAAUGUUCAGACCGGUUUGGAUCCAUAGCACUAGGAUGAGCACUGCGACCUGAAGCACAUGUAUAGUGGCUGUGCUUGGUAUUGCAGCUCUAACCCAUUCAUUUGAAGAGGGCUGAGCUGUACAAAGGCCAUGUGGUCAAUGGACGUGACAUCACAGGCCUAGGAUGAGACUAGCACUAGCAACAGCUGAUUGGCGGCUGGGUAUUGGUCCCACACCAAUCAGAUGUUGAUGAGGAUAGGCCAUCAAUGUUUCAAUUCUGGAAAACCCCUUUAAAUAGGACUGAUGUUAAUGUACCGUACUGUAGCUUUCCUUAGAGAUUCCCAUUUGCUUUUGCUGGGCACACAUAGCUCUACACCUACAAAGCCAUUCAUGGAAAUGUGAUGCUUAUUUCAGAAUGUAGUCCUGAACAAAGCCAUAGCCAAUGAAUAGUCAAAUAGGCCUGAUUAAAUUCCUUCACUGACCCACUUCUGUGUGAAACCGGUUACUGCCCGACCUCGGAGAUUAUAAUGUUAUACGCACAAUUGGGUCUGAGCGGCAUCCUUGUCUUCAUACAUUUCAUGGUUCAGUGCACUUCCCGUUGCUGCCAGUGUGUUCUGUGUGCAAACGUAAAGUCCUCUAGAAGUAAAAGUGCAGUAUUAUAUAGAAAUACAGAGUAUGGUUUCAGUAUUCGGGCUCCCUAUGCAUUUUAAAAAUCUCAUAUUGCGAUUGAAAGAGUUUACAUUCUACAGAAUAUAUCACCAUCAGCAAGCAAUGAGCUGUGUCUAGAAGAAAGCAGCCACGCUUUUCUAAUUCUUUACAAUCCCUUUAAGAAGUUGAGUCCUUGUGUCCCCAUGACAACACUUCCUGCCUAAAGGCUUAAAGGGUAUCUCUCAUUUUAACAAAGAUCCGGCAUGUCAUAGCAGCAUGUCAGAACUUUUGGGUGGUGGGGGGGCUGGGCUACUUCUUUGUUUUUGUCCGUGAACUUUUUUUGAAUCUGUGCAGUGGUCACUUAAAAGAGCCAAACAGAAAAAGGGCCACAGUGGUCAUCUGGCCCUUUAUUUUGAUGAUAUGGGGGGGUCUCGGCGCUCAGACUUCCACUGGUCAGAACUUCUAACAUACUGUUAUGACAUGUCAGAAACUGAUAGGCACCCCUUAAAAAGGUUGUCCACGAUUAGAAGAAGGUGGCUGCUCUGCUUUCUUCCAAAGACAGCACCACCCCAGUCCAUAACAGCUCGGCCCCAUUUACUUCAAUAGAGCUGAGCUGCCAUACUAGAUGCAACCCAUGGACAGGGGUGAUGCUGUUUUUGUAAUAAAGCAGCCAUGUUCUUCUAAUCCUGGACAACCACUUUAAUGACCGGUUCAUGUGAAGCCAAGUCCUUAUGUGAUAAGGCUUUGGGCAAGAAGUGCUAUCAUGUGGACGCACAGAUAUAAAUUCUUCUCACAGGAGGCCCUUUAAUGGGAGAAUCUAUCAUCAGGUGUUCAACUUCCCUGCAGUGCCACCACAGGAGAAAUGAAGUAUUACACUGUGGCCAUUAAAAUCUGUGGGCUGUCCUUGUAAUGAGCAAGAUACACUUGUGUAAUGGAUCAUCAUGACCAGCGAACCCACUUUUGUUACCAUUUUUCAUACAUGUAAUGGCCCCUUUUUAAAUGGGCAUAGUCUCAUUAAUUAACAUACUACCAUGUAUAGUGUGAUAUGGAUGAGCAGGGAUUACUUUUCUUUGGAGGGGAUUUAUUUAAUUUUAUUUUUUAGUUCCCAUCCAUGUAAAAUGUUUGAUAAUCAUCUGGGUUCUGGAGCAGAAAAUCUGACUGUACAUCUGCCACCAGGGGGAGCAAUUACUUGGGCAGCCCUACUUUUUGUCAUUUUUGAUGUUGCUACCGCCCAUAGCUGCGGACUGAAUUAAGCUUGAAAAAUGGUGCCAUGAUAACAUUUGAUACAUUCCUAAAUACUUGUCAUGAUGGACAUACUUUGUAAAAUGUGUAAUUGGCCUAGUACGCACACUAAUGGAUGCUUUUUGCUGAUGUAUCGAGUUGAAACUAAGAAAAACUAAACCCUUAAAUUAUAUUUAAUUUUAUGUUUUAUUUUAAUACCAAUAUUUCUCUUCGUUAGUUGAAGGUGAUUUGUAUGUAUAAUUUGCAGACUGUCAGGAAGAAUAUCUUAUUACUUCUUCCAGGAGUUAUUAUUGCGUUAUUUGCUGGAUGUCUUUUGAUUUAUAUUUUUGAGUGUAACAAAAGGUUUCUUU